UAUAUAGAGAGACAGAGUUGUAGAGUGAGGGUGGUUUGAAAGUGGGCACGGCUGGUGGCUGUACUUGUUGCAGACUAAGGUGUGUCCGAUAAAUCUUUUACUCAGGAUACUGCAGACAAUUGGUUCCAAAGUUCAAGGGUACAAAUAUACAGGAGAACAGCGCGGAGUUGGAAAACCAGAAGAAGACGAGUAAAAGAGAAGUGUCAAGGUGAUUAAUUUGGGAUUUCUUUUUUCUAAUUCAGUCACUGGCGUGGACAGGAAUAAACACAGACAAGACAAAAUAUGGCAGACAAAACAAGUCCGAGAGGCAAUUCUGGUGACUUUGCUAAAAAAGUCCAAAGACAGCUGAGCAGAGGCAAAGAAAAGGUAAUGCAAAGGCUGGGAAAGUCAAUGGAGACCAGAGAUGACCAUUUUGAACAUUGUCUCCAAAACUUUAAUGACCAGCAGACUGAUGGGAACCGAAUAUACAAGGACUUGAGGGUCUACGUUAAUGCAGUUAGAGACAUGCGUGAAGCUUCAAGACGCCUUUCCCAGUCUCUGUUUGAUGUUUAUGAAUCUGACUGGGCUGGAGAGGAAGAUUUAGGAGCCAUUGUUGAGGGGGAGGACCUCCUGUGGAAUGACUACGAGGUGAAGCUAUUAGACCAGGCCGUGCGCACCAUGGAGUCCUACGUGAGCCAAUUCCCUGAUGUCAGGGACAAAAUUGCCAAGAGGGGAAGAAAGCUGGUUGACUACGACUCCUCCCUUCACCAGCUAGAGGCACUGCAGACUGCAAAAAAGAGGGAUGAUAUCAAGAUAAGCAAGGCAAACGAAGAGAUGAAUACUGCCAGAGUUAUCUAUGAGGGGAUCAAUAAUGAUCUGAAAGAGGAGCUCCCAGUUCUCUUUGACAGUCGUAUUGGAUGCUAUGUAGCUGUCUUCUCAGCUGUGACAAAUUUACGAGACAUCUUCUACAAGGAAAUGAGUACGCUCAAUCAAGAUCUACAAAGUGUGAUAAAGGAGCUGCAGGCUCAGCAUCCAGACAAAGCAUUUGCUCUAAAGGGAUUGUCCCGGUACGGCUCACUGAAAAGACGAAGUCUGAUCUCUCCAAAGGCUUGGAAAGCCAGCUUUUCUGAGGUUCACAGGAGCUUCAGUCCUAGAACGAGCCAGCGGUUUAGUUUCAGAUCCCCAGAAAAACCUCGACACAGCAGCUUGUCCAGAGAAGGCAGCAUGCUUAGAGGGUCUUUAGUCGAGUCCAGGGAACUGGAUAUAGGGUCGUACCAAAGUGAAGUCCACAGCCCUUCUGCACAGGAAGAUGCUGGAGAGAGUGCAUCAGGAAGUGAGCUGAAGUCGGGAGACAACAACAAUCAAGUUGAAGGAGAAAAGGCAGUGAAAGAAGAAGAGCCUAAGCCACCUGUAGAAUCGGAAAAUAAAGGAGAUGGGAAAAAAGAUCUACCAAGUGCAAGCAGCUCUGAACAAAAUAACUCCCAUGAAUCAGAUAGCUUGGAGCUCCAGCUGUCUGCAGCAGACAAUGGCCCACUGCACAUUGAAGAGAUGGAUGACAGCCCGGUAACCCUUGAAACUCCAAAACUGAACAGACUGGAGAAUGGUGACGCUUCUGGCUUGAAUUCUGACGCCAAGGAUCUGAGCAUUCCUCAGAAGGACGUCCCUGCAGAGAAAGAGAUAUCCUCGAACUCAAAAAACACAACGGUUUAAAGUUUUCAUUAUAAAACAAAAGAACCAAACAAUGCCGAACUGGCUGAAGUCAACAGCUGCAGAAGAAAGAAAAAAAAGACAGGGAGACAGUCGCAACUGACAAGUUCAACUGUGAUUUCACGACUGACGAACUGUUGCUGUUAGUUUUCUUAUUUAUCUUUUAAGGAAAUCAACUUUGCAUACAUAUUGGUGUCUUUGGGAAAAGCUAUAUUUUCAUAAACUCACUCACUGCAUUAUUAAAGGAAAUACAUUUUAAAAUGAGGGAUUUAUACAACUAAUGCUAGCAAAGACAGAAGCUCUACAUAGGUUUACACUGCUAAAAAGAUACUGACCACAGAAUGGUUAAUCUACCCAGAUAUGAUAUGUUUCUGUCUCUGUGUAAACGUGAAGAGAAUGCCACUCCACUCUUAUUUUAGAACCAACGAGGAGGCGUUUUAAUCAUUUUAGUCUUUUAGCCUGUUUUAUUAUUUCUUUUUAUUUGUUUUUGAUUAGAUUUCAAACUUUGUAAUUCUGAAAAAUAAACAUAGUUCAAAUCUUGUUUAUACUAAAGCUGAAUUUCUGACUUCUUAAUUCUUUGGUCAUUCGAUGUAUAUGUGCACAGGAUAUAAGAACAUUGUGUAAACAGCAAUAAAAACUGGGUAAUGUCACCAUUUUGUCGCUCUGCUAGUAGAUGUUUAAGAUGAUGGGGUGAAAAAUGGUGAGCGCUCACUCAGUACUCAUCAGAUGUA